UAAAAAAUUCUCCAAAACUUGCCGUUGAGAAGCGAGGAGGGCUGCUAGGUUGCUCCGCCGCCGCGUUCUCCGGCGAGGAGUCACCGCCUCCGUCGCCGUCGACCCACCGGACCGACGGGAUUGAGGUGGCCGUCGCCGCCAGCGCUGCGGCGCAGAUUGCCGCGCCGGAAGCGCGAACGAUGGGCUUCGUCGACGGGGCCUCCUCCAUCCACUCCGGUGAACACGGCAUGCAGCGGCGGCGGCGGCGGCACCGGGUGGACUGGCUCCAACGCGCCGUGUGCUCCCUUCUUCCUUUUGGCACAAUGGGGAGGAUCUGCCGGAAGUCCCCUCCUAGAACAACUGUCAUGCCACCAAAGGGCUUUUGGCGUGAGGCAGGAGGCAGGAAAGUUCAAGAGCCAACUUUGUGUAUGCUGAAUGUCUUUGGAGAGUUCCUCCCAGAUGGAUUCCCACAAACUCUUUGGUGGAUGCAUCGAUCGAUUCUUCGCCAAGCCCCAGUGAAGGCGGUGGAUGAUGCAGGACUGAAGGUGUCACAGGCAGAGGGAUGUUUAUAUAAUGGAGUCUGGAGCAGCGGUGUCUAACAGCAGAUGAUUCGGUCUCCUUUUUUAUUCUGGUCACUCUACCUUUUAUAGUGGGGGCAGCGCCUAGACUUUCUUCAGAAAAUGGAGUCCUCGAGUCUAGACCAUGCUUCACACAGAUAUGUACACACUCAGUAGUUUACUCACCUCCUUGGAUCUUCUCCAUCCUAUGUCUGUGAGAUCCCCACUGCUUCAGCUGUGCGUCAGGUCAAGUCCUGUCCGACCUUUUGAUCUGUCUCUAAGAUGUAUAGGAUGUGUUGUUCUAGGUAAUUUUUUUUAACUCUCUUGUUUCUGUUGGGAGGUGCCUUUUUUGCUGUACUGUUUUUCGUUUGACAGAUUAUCAGUACAGGCAGUAUUAUAGUGGUAUACUUUGUCUACUCUACAAAGGGAAUAAAUCUGAAUGUUGGUAAAAAUUGUGUCCUUAAUAUUGCUUGUAGUCAGGAUUUUUAAGACAAGAGAUAUGGGCAAGUUUAUCUUUGGAUAUAAUUCAGUUUCCGUAAUGAGUUUCUGAUCUUCUUGCUGCUUUA